UGCGGUUAAGUGCUUAAAAGAGCAGCUGUACCAAAUAGUAAAUUAUUUGUGGGCCAAUAUUCGAUUAAUUAAAUGAAAUUACUAACUUUGGUCACCCUCCAAAUCCAAACAUCAAACCUUGACGAGUAGAGCGUGACGUCACGUGUUGUUGUGUCACGGGAUCACGGUUCGUCAGGUGGUUUUUUCGGUCAGAAGUUUCUCGUGACUUCAUUUUUUAACACAUUCCCGGAUAGUUCCACGGCUGGAGAAUGGCCAAGUUGGGUGUCUUGUUCCUGUUGCUGGCAAUCGCCUGCUUCGGCGGUGUUUUUGCUGAAAAUGUUCCCGUGUUCGUUUGGGGCAAACCUUCUGUUACAUACGUUCCAGCGCUGACUCGUUACACCAGCUCGGAGUUUGCCGCCCUGGUCGAUGCGCAGAUUGACGAGAACACCUUCACGAUCGUGUUCGCGGAGGAAAGCCUUUCGACCGAAGAUCUGAGCCAGUGCCGCCUGAAAACGCAGACCUGCUUCAAGAAUCUGCAGAAAAUCGAGCGCAAAUCGUACCUGCCGAGCGUAGAGGAACCGUUGAGCGUGCUGGAUGGCAGCAACGCCCAGAGCGUGCAGCUGCAGGCUGAUGGUUCGCUAAGCGAGCGCAUUGUACCGCAGGCGGGUGGCAUUGUGGUCGUGAACUUGUCCAUUGGCGAUUACGCAUCACAUGAUACCCUGAUCGAUGCUCUGUUCAACCGCUUGCGUAACGAACAUCCCAACAUACUGGCCAUCUACACCGGCAAAACUCCUUCCUUCAGCUACUCGACGCUCGUCCGCAAAACACGCCAAGCCGAUGCGCGCCAGGAUGAGGUCGAACCGGAAUUGCAGAUACUGAACACGACCGGUUUCCUGAUUGCGUACGAAACGUUCGAGUAUGGUGCAGCCGAUGGAGCCACACCGUUGACGACGGCCAAGUUCGAUAAUGUUGUGCGUGUAGCCGAUAACUCGAGCGACUCGGCCGAACAACCCACGCUGCACUUUAAGCUGACUGGCGCUGGUGCGACGGUCGACUUGUUCUUCCUGCUCACGCAAGGCUCCUGGGAGAUCACCGGAGUGCGGUUCAACGAGAAGGAAUACUAUCUCCGCAAUCGCGUACACAUUAAUCAGCACUUCUCGUACCACUGCAUCCACUGGGAGUACUACACGACCGAUCUAAACGAGAAGAUCGUGUUCAACGAGGUGCAGUUGCAGCCGUUCUUUGCUAAUGAAGAAGGCGUCGUAGCCACCCCGGAUCGAUUUGGUGACUCGUGGGACUGCGUUGGCUUCACCAGCGGUGGCAUUCUGUCCGGUCUGUUCUUGAUUCUUAUCUUCAUCAUCAUCGGCUCGUACGGAAUUUCCUGGAUGAUGGACAUCCGUACAAUGGAUCGCUUUGAUGAUCCGAAGGGCAAAACGAUCAUUGUUAAUGCAGCGGAAUAGAAAGGCCCCCUUCCGCGACUUCCGGGGUCGCUGUUGUAGCACAAACGGCCUAGAGUUGACUCGCGUUUAGUUUGUUUACCGAAUGUUAAACCGAAAUAAACAAACAUAUUGGCAAAUUAGAA